UCCAACACAUACAACCGCUCUCCAUAUAUAAAUUACGGUUUGCAAGUGCCAUCUAUACAUUUGGACAACCGACGACGCACCUUGAAUAAUCAUACAAGCUAAGCUAAGCGCAGAUAGAUCAUGAAGUUACUAGGUUGGAUGCACCGGAAACUAAAACACAACUGCAACGAGGCAGUGAAGAACCCAACAUACGGCUUCGGAAAUCCCAACACCAGCACUACUAUGUAUGAGAAAGUGAGGUGGAAUAUUAAGGAAACAGAAGAAAAGGCAUUGAACGAGGUGGUGUUCCAUGGGUUUCUGGCAAUCGGAACACUUGGCGGUGCAGGUUCUGAAGCAGCUGCAGCAUUAUUCAAUAGUAGUACAGAGCCACCUACUCCGACAUUUGAGGAAACAACCCAGAUAACAGACCAAGAUUUGAAGAUUAUUUCUAAAGAGCUGGAGAAAUUCCUUGAAGCCGAGGAGGAGGAGGAUGCACAGUCAUCAAAGAGGAGCAGUUACGCAAGCAUUAUUACUCUUGCCGACAAAACCCAACAAGAUUCUGAUUCUUCUUCUCUUCUUCUCGACUGCCCACUCCACAAAUAUUUUUUUGGAGUUUCAGAAGAGGCAGAUCAUAUGGCAGUAAAGAACAAAGAAGCAUCAUUAUCUGAAGUAGAUCUGCAGGAUGAGGUAGUUCUCAAAGGAAACUACUGUGCAAGCCACAAGAAAGCAGGUAGUAGUAAGGCACAAUUUGCCAAAAACUUGAUGAAGAAGAUGUUCAAAAGCCUCAACUCCAAUUCCAAAUCAAAGACCCAUGCAGCAGCAAAUGAAUCUGCAGCUUCAACCAAAAAGAAAUUCCCAAAGGUUCUAAAGAUGUUCAAGAAAAAAGUUCACCCUGAGAAGGGAGCAGAAAAGGAUGAUGAGAACAGAGCGAUUCCCGUUAAGGGCAAUCGUCUCCGCAGCACAAACAUUUGGUUUCGACAAAUGAUCUCCCCACAGGAACAUCAGGACGAGCUAAUAAUGAGAACCUCUGAGAGUUGCCGUGGCAGUAGCAGUGGCAGGGGUGGUGCAUUCAUGGAGAAUAACGGCCACUGGAUUAAAACAGACGCCGACUAUCUGGUUUUGGAGCUCUAGACAGAGGAAAGCUGCAGGAAUUGAAGGAAGAAAUCAAACAUAUAUAUCAUGCUCGACUCCUUAUUAGUUCUUUCCACGCCUGAUGCACCCAGGAUUAAUCUCUAUUAAUUAUUUCAGUAUGGUAGUGUGUAGUGGGUAUGUAGUCGAUGAAGUCUGAAGAAAUAAGAAAGCAGUUUCAGUUUCUUUAAUUAAUUUGUGGCACACAAUGCAAGUAUGGAGUAAUGGGUUGUACGUGAUGUUUAUGUAUUUGCAGGAGUGGAGUGUGGUUGAAGUUUGAGUGUAUUCAUUGUAAUGGCUGAAAAUAUGAAAUGACAUAUAAAUGUGCGUGUAUGGUCUGUGAGAAGUGAUGAGUGUGAAUUGAAGAUGGUUAUGAGUUGUU